AUGCUGGACCAUUUCGAAUUUCAUGUUACCAAUGACUAUGACAAAUUACUUGCUAUGUAUUCCAUGUGUGGAUCUGAAUGGAGCGGCAAGUUGACCCCAGAAGAAUUUGGUGAAGUGGAGUCUAAAUCACAUUUGGAUUUCUUAAAUAGUGGAGGCGAAAUUCAAGGUUUCUAUUUGGAAGACUCUUCGAAUGGGAAUGUAGUUGCCACGACAGUUGUCAAGAGAAUGAAGGGAUUUUAUAAGGCAGUUGAUAAAUCAAAUGCUAUCUCUUCUAUUCCGGAUCCAACAUUAAUAGGUGUGAAGAAUAUAAGUUUAUUGUUGAUAGCGUAUGUUUUCACCCAUAGAGACUACAGGAAAAGGGGUUUGGCCCAAAGUGUAGUUUCUCAAGCAAUUUGUCACACUGAAAGUCAGAUCAUUAAAGAGAAAAUUAAUGAAAGUAACGACGAAAAAGGUAGCUUCAAGAAUAUGGUAGUUACUGACGGUGAAAUUGAUGAGGAAUUGGCCAAUUACUACCUAAGCAAGGAGUACUUUUGGUAUUUGUAUUCUGGGGCAGGCCUCUUCUACGAAAAGUUUGGAUUUAAGGCAUUUCCAUUAGACUUCUACAAGGUUCCAUCCAGUUCACUCACAGUUUCUCGAGUGGAACUAAUUGAACAAUUGGUAGACUCUUCUCCAAUGAAUCAAUCAGGAAAGAGCUUAAAAUGGCUCAGAGGAAGCAAUGUUCAAGAUCAAGAGUUGAUCAAGUUCAUUCUUCAAAGCAAGGAGUUAGAGAUUGUAACUGAGCUCAACAAGUCGAUUUUUCAUCUGGAAUUGCAGGGAAAUCAGAAAUCUUCUUCUUCGUUGACUAGCAUGUCGAGUCUUUUGCAUAUGACAAAAGCAGAUUCAGAAAAUGUGUUGCACUCUAUCACUGAAGUAGGCAGUAAAGUGUCAGAGAAAAGUGGAACAAGAAGGCGAUCUUCAGUACAUCAUUUUUCAACUCCUAAGAUUGCUGUCAAACCAGAUUAUAGAAUUCUCCAAAGAAAUGUUGCAUCAGAAACAGCUGCAGCCUCUAAAGCUACCAACCAAGACACGGCACUUGCGUUUACGGAUAUACAAGGCGCUAUACUUACAAAUGAAUUACAGCAAAAGUCCUAUUAUAUUAUAUGGAAUUCACUAACAAUUGGACGCUUGUAUGUUCUAAGUGUGGGUGAAUUAAAAUUUGAACCAUAUUCGAGUGCUGGAAUUCUUCCAGGUCGUCGUCGGAGGUCUUCUUUCACUGGAUUAAACGAACUUGGUGGCUAUAACUUUCAAGACUUAGACAUAUUGCUCUCCAUAGCCAACUAUGUUGGGCAAAAAAGAGAAUUAGCAGACCCUACCGGUAUUUAUGUGUCUAUCAACGAUUUGCCAACAAACAUACCCACGGAAUUAUUAUAUGAUUACCUUAAUAGUUAUUUAGGUUCAGCAUCUGAUGCUUCCCGAAAAGAACAGUCUCUGGAAGAAGAAAGAACAUCACUUGUUCCUGGUGGAUCUCAACUGUUAGGAGUUUUGCCAAUGUUGAAAAUCUUUGGCAAGAAAACACCUGAAUUCGAUUUGGAUUGGAUUGCUAGCGGCAUGUGGUCCUGGGGUUAG